UUUGCUUUUCCUCUUUUCACUUCUUGCUGUUACCUGUCCGGCCUUAGCACUGUGCACUGGCAGGAGCCCGAAAUAAUCGACCUGCCAGCCAGGGCGAUGCACAAGAGGCUGACAGAGGCAUUCGCCGCUGUGAAACCCACCGGCUGACCCAGUUCUCCAGGAACAAUAACCAGGGACGGCAUCUGAGCCAAGAAAUCCUGCUUUUCUCUGCCCUCUGUUAAGCUUUUUUUUUGUUAAUUUGUUUUCUGCUUUUUCUUUUAUCUCAUAUUAACGUUGUCUUGAAAGAGCAGAGGAUGAAAAAAGCGUGGACACGGGGGUAGAGGACCUUCCCGGUGUGCAUGUGCACCUGGGGCCGUCUCUGCCCCAUUGCACAGCCCUGGCCGUGGGAAGCUCCAGGUUUUCCUUGCCUGAAGCCCACUCGCUGCACAGAGCCGGGAGCAAACAAGAAAACGAAUCCUCCUUCCCAGCGGAGAAGAGUUCCAGCCCGGCAGGAGCUGGCGGAGAAGGGAGCGGCACGUUCCCCCAGCUGCACAUUGAGCUGGGGAGGGUGAAGCAAAGCAAAUCGUGUAUUUAAAGACUGGGGACUAAUUAAUUCCUUAUUUAUUGUCGGCAUCUGGCACUCGCUGGGCGUACAGAGCUCCCUUCAGUGAGGGUACUGGCUUGCGUGGUCACCAUGGCUUUCUCCCAGGUGCAGUGCCUGGACGACAGCCACGUCAACUGGAGGUCCAGCGAGUCCAAGCCUGAAUUCUUCUACAGCGAGGAGCAACGCCUGGCCCUGGAGGCACUGGCCUCCCAUGGCCCUGAUGCCUUCUAUGAGGUCCUGAAGAAGGAGAAUAUCAGGGACUUCCUCUCCGAGCUGGAGCUAAAGAAGAUCCUGGACACGUUGGAGACGUAUGAUCCCGGCUCCGAGUACAUCCCGCGCCACGGCAGCAGCGCAGGGGAGAGCGAAGGCGAUCACAACAGCCAAGGGGACGAGCAGGAUGUGGCCCCCUCCCUGGAGUACUGGCCCCAGAGGUCCGACCGCUCCAUCCCCCAGCUGGACCUCGGCUGGCCCGAGACCAUCGCCUACCGCGGGGUCACCCGUGCCACCGUCUACAUGCAGCCGCCCAUCGAGGGGCAAGCGCACAUCAAGGAGGUGGUACGGAAGAUGAUCUGCCAGGCUCAGAAGGUCAUCGCGGUGGUCAUGGACAUGUUCACCGAUGUAGACAUCUUCAAGGACCUCCUGGACGCGGGCUUCAAGAGGAAAGUGGGAGUCUACAUAAUUUUGGAUGAGACCAACGUGAAGCACUUCCUUCAGAUGUGCGAGCGAGCCCAGAUGCACGCCGGCCACUUGAAGAACCUGCGAGUCCGGAGCACUGGGGGGACAGAGUUUUUCACACGCUCGGCCACCAAGUUCAAAGGGGCUUUGGCCCAGAAGUUCAUGUUUGUGGAUGGGGACCGGGCCAUGUGUGGAUCCUACAGCUUCACCUGGUCUGCGGCGAGGACAGACCGAAACGUCAUCACGGUCCUCUCAGGCCAAGUAGUGGAAGCAUUUGACAAGCAGUUCCAGGAGCUCUACCUCAUGUCCAAGGGGGUGAGCCUCAAGUCCAUCUCCAUGGGCGAAGAGCCCGAACCUGAGCCCGUAACACUACCCUCUGUCGUGCCGGUGACCCCUGCCAACGCCGUGGUGAAGAAGCUGAUAAACCCUAAAUACGCCCUGGUGAAGGCCAAGAGCGCCGACCAGAUCAGCAAGACUUCAUCCGAGAACCAGGACAAAAACCAGAAGACAGACAACAAAGGCAAAGCCCUGCCCGAGGGCCAGGCAGGCGACAGGCACGGCGACGUGGCAGACGUCUCCCUCCUCAUCCACCCCGGCCUCCUAAAUUUGGAGAAAGCCAACAUGUUUGACUAUCUGCCCACCUGGGUUGAGCCCGACCCCGAGCCCGGGAGUGAAGUCUUGGGUUACAUCAACAUUAUUGAUCCCAAGAUAAAGAACGUGAAACUCUCACAGAUGAACCGCAUCAAAGUCUGCGACGUCUCCCAAGCCAGCGCCCAGCACCGGCAGAUGCUGAAGAACAGGGAGAUGGAGGCCAAGAAAAACUCAGACCACGAGCCACCUCUGUUGUCCCCCUGCCAAAGACAGGCCCCACAGACCCCCAUGGAAGCUCCUGCAGCCUCCGCUACUGGCCCCAUCGAAGGCACCAGCUGGACAGCGAAGCAAGCAGGAACAUUUGCCACUUCACCAUUGGGCCACCGCUUGAAGCCACCGGAGGAGACGUUAGAGGACAUCAAGCCCCCGAUUCCAAAGCCAAGGACCGUCCCCGUUGGCAUCCUUUUGACCAAAGCUAUUACACCCUGUGACAGUGGCACUUCCCCAGAGGGCAACACACAUCCACCGCCAACCGACCAUGUGGGUGCAAAGCAGGAACCAGAGGAGAACCCCAACAGAGCUUCCACAGAGACCUGCCAUCUCCAGCAAGACCGGCCAGUGAUGGGGCCACAGGAGGACAGAGGGCCUCCCUGCACCCACAAUGGGCUGGGAGAAGAGGAGGAAGAGGAGGAAGAGGAGUACAUCACUCUCAGCGACCAGGAGAGCUACUCCAGCAGCUCCGCUGACCACAGCUACCGCCGCUCCAAUGCCUCCUCCAUCUCAGACGAGUACUUUGAGGUGAGGGACCGAUACGGGCCGCUCCGGCGAACCAACUCAGACGUCACCCACAACGGGGAGAUCCUGCCCAUGCAGAGGAAGCUCAGUGACCCUCACAUCAGCCGAGGCACCUUCCUCAGCCCCUUGGGGAGCCUCCCAUCCCUGAAGCACGUCCGUGUGGAGGAUGUUACAAAGAGGAGGAGCAACGCUGUAGAGAUUAGGUGUGUGCUGCCCCGCACCAUCCUGGAUGGCAACAGCUCCUACCCCAGCAGUGCUGCACAGGGGACGCACAUCUACCGCUACCGACACAGUAACCCCACAGGCAGAGAACAAGGCAAGGAGGUCUCCUGCUCCCCAACACCUGAGAAACCCCCUGGGGCCACCAAAUACAGAGGGGAUGGAGCCGAGCCCAAAAAGACCAUUGCAGGCAGCCAGCCCUACUGGCAGAGCAAAGCCUUCAGCCCCAGCAAGCCCACGCAGCCCAGCCACCUCUCACCAAGCAACCCCAGAGCAUCAAGCAAACGCUUAACCUCCCUGCCAGAAAGCCAGAAGACAACCGAGGAGCUGAGGACACCCCUUGGCAUCCCGCUCUCCAAACUGUCCCAGUCCAAGCACCUCAAGAACAGGGUUGCGGGAGCCCAGGGUGCUUCUAUUGACUCCAAAAAGAAGCCCCCCGAGACCACCAGCCAGAAGGACCACUAGGCGCUGACGAAGGUGGACUUCCAGGGCGAGAGCAGUAGUAGAGCGUGCCUGGACCCCAGGCAACGCUGUGUUACAUGGGGCAGGGGAAUCUUGUUUACAUUUACCUGGUCGGUGCACCAGUACCACGUGGCCAUGAUAGACAGCCCGAAAGUCAUCCCGGUCCAGGGCAGAUCUCCAGAGACUGGGUCUCGGAAGAGGUGCAUUGCAUCCACUCUGGGCAGGUGGCAGGUAGUGUUGGGAACAAU